AUGGGUGAUUUCAACUUCGGCGGUGUGAAGUGGCCACUACGGGAUACUGGAUAUGUCUCACCUCGGGAAAACAACUUCAUACAAUGGUACAACGAUAGCAACCUUCAGCAGAUAAUAGACAAACACACUAGAUAUAGACAAGGAAACCAACCAUCGUUUCUGGAUCUUGUUUUAACAAAUGACGAAUCACUCAUAGCUAAAAUCGAUCACCUGGCACCGAUAGGUAAAAGCGAUCAUACCUGCCUCCUAGCAAAUAUACAAAUACAAACACAGGCACAAAAGAAAGAAACCAAUGGCAGGCCAAAUUUCAAAAAAGCUAAUUUUGAAAAAAUCAAUGAAAUGUUACAGACUGAAUUGUUUGGAAGCAUGAGAGGCACAAUAUGUGUACAGAACCAGUUUGAGAUCCUCCUUAAAACAAUCAGGGAAGCAAUCAACUUUUGCCUGAGAUGUGAAGUCAGCAUAUUUGCUGAUGAUACUAAAAUAUUUGCGGAUCCGACAGUUGACUAUAACCAUCUUCAAGAGGACUUAAACAGAAUAGCAAACUGGUCCAAGGAGUGGCUCAUCAACCUCAACGCUUCUAAAUGUACGGUACUGCAUAUAGGUACCAGUAAUCCUCGUCUGACAUAUAAACUGUGUAACGCUGAACUGACAGGGGUCAAGGUGCAAACAGACUUAGGGGUAAAGAUUACCGAGGAUCUAAAGUGGGAAGAGCACAUAACUUCGAUCACCAAAAAAGCCAAGAGUCUUGUAUACCUCAUCAGGAAAGCGUUCGGUGUCUUGACUCCGGAGAUGAUGCUUAAGAUCCACAAAACUUUCGUCAGGCCCAUCCUAGAAUAUGCAUUUCAGGUCUGGAGCCCCUACUUCGUAAAGGAUAUCGAACACUUGGAAAAAGUACAGCGUAGUUUUACCAAAAUACCACGAGCACUGAAACAGCAUCCAUAUGAAGAGCGCUUGAAGGUUUUGAACUUAACCACUUUGAAGGAUCGCAGGCAGCGUGGGGACCUAAUUGAGACAUACAAGAUCUUGAGUGGACAUUAUGACAAUACUGAUUUCGAGCAACUGUUCUCACGUAAUGAAAACGUUCAUCUUAGAGGCCACCACCUUAAGCUGUGUAAAAGCUUAUCGAAAAAUAUUCCUCACAGACACUUUCUGAGUAAUCGCGUGGUCGGAGCAUGGAACAGGCUGCCAGAAUAUGUAAUCGCUGCACAGAAUGUUAACCAGUUCAAAAACAGACUUGACAGAUACACAACAUCGAAUUAA